AUGGGGCACGCUAUUGAAGCAGGAUGGUUCCUCUUAAAUGAAGCAUUAAAAACGGGAGACACUGAACUCAAGAAAACAGCCAUCAAACAUUUCAUCAACGGAUCUUAUAACCGAGGAUGGGACGAAAAAAACGGUGGACUGUUCUACUUUCUCGAUGCCGAUGAUCUUUCUCCAGUUCAGUUAGAGUGGGGGAUGAAGCUAUGGUGGCCUCACGCUGAAGCCAUAAUAGCUUUCUUGAUGGCCUUUCAAUCAACAGGAGAACAGCAUUUUGCAACUGUUUUUGAUAAAGUGUUCUCUUACACAUUGGAGAAGUUUUCUGAUCCUGCAAUGGGAGAAUGGUACGGGUAUCUGACACGGGAAAACCAGUUAAAUCAGGACUUUAAGGCAGGACCUUAUAAAGGAUGUUUCCACGUCCCUAGGGCUCUAAUGAUGUGUGAGAUGAUGCUGAAGCAGAUGUUAGACAAAAACAAUUGACACAAGACAUAAAAAUUGGUCUAAUCUAUUAAUGAUUAGCGUAAAGCAAAAUAUUAUUUUAGCUGUAUCAACAAAUCUAAAUUUUUAAUCUUGUAUUUUGUAAUAGAAGAUAGAGAAUGUUGUAUUAAGUGGCAUUAUAAAAGAGUUGGUACAAAAAGCAGUAACUAUAGUAAAAAGAACAACUUCCUGAUGGUUUUACUUAUAGUAACUUACAAUUCAAGAAAUGAAUAAAAUGAAUUUUUUCCUCU